CAUAAACAUACCCAUUCUCGCCGCUCGCACCACUUCUCUGGCUACGAACCGACCGACCAAUAGUGAAAAGGACUUUAAUAAUCAUUCCUGUUCCAUGCUAUGGCAGUGAAUGCACGCGCAUUUGUUUAUUAAAAAGUUCGGAUCAAUUUGAAUCGAAAUGAGCCACAACAAUAGUUUCAGUGAUUACGGCAGUGGUAUUGGAAGCAGUUCCACAUCUUUUUCAUCAUGGGGAGAUCAUCAGAGCUCGCAGUCGAUCAAUACGAACUUUCAAGAAAAGGCCGUGGAUCGGCCGCUGCAAAGGUCUUCCAGUUACCUAGAUCUGGUGAUGAGGCGAUGCACAAUGGAAGAUGCUCUGGAAGAGUUCAGGCGGAACGGCUACGAUUCCCCAUACAACCCUGAUGAGGACAAUACACCAUCAUAUACUCAGCUCUCAGGUAACCUGAUCGGAAUGGGUCCGACCAGCAUGUACCUCCGCCAGAAGUCGUGGCCGGAGCCCGACAGUACGCCUGGCGUGCCGCUACCGCAGAUUAAGCCUGAGUGGACCGAUUUCACACCCUCGGCUGUUCCUUCCAUCUACGACGAUGAAGAUCCUAACAUGAGCCAAGCACCAAAUAAUGUGGUUGGUGAUUCUAUAGAGGACUACAUCACAGAAGAACAACUCAGGGUUCUAGUAUCGUUGCCGAACAAUGUUCUGUACAUGCUACUGAGAGAGCUCGAGCAGGGACGCGGCGACAGAAGAGGCAAGAAACGUGGUCCUGAUGAGUGCCGGUUCUGCAAGAACAACGGCGAGCGCUGGUCGUACUACCGCAGCCACUCGCUGCGCGACGCGGCCGGGCGCGUGGCGUGCCCGGUGCUGCGCGCCUUCCGCUGCCCGCGCUGCGGCGCCGCCGGCGCGCGCGCGCACACCGCCAAGUACUGCCCGCUCGCCACCUGCGACGAGCGUUUGAAGUCGGCGGCCAUGAUGCGCAGCGUACGCAUGGCGUCCGGGCGGCUGCGGCCCGUCGUUCGCCGUACUCCGCCUUCCGCGCCGCAGCAGGCCUACGACGCGCCGCUGGCGCCGCUGUGGGCUGCCCUCGAGCAGAAACUGAUGCUUUAGAUACUGCCGUUCUUAUACAUGCAAACAUCAAACCUAUUUUACCUAUUAAACUGUUCCGUCUCGUUCUUUUGUGUUAAAUUCCCAAUUAAAAAAAAAAAUAAGUUGCAAAGCAGUAUAAUAGUUGAAAUAGAUUUGUUGAACGUUUAAGUUUUUAUAAAUGAGAAUUAAAGAGUUAAUACUGUUCAGUACGAUUCCUUAUAAUACAGUCUAUGGCUGAUUGUUGAUUAUUAUUUUUAGUCUAUGUCAGUUAUGCUAGUUUGUUAGACGAAAGAUUUUUCUUUUUUUUUUUUUAACGAUAACAUGUUUUGUUUCCCAUAAAACUUUUCUUUUUCCAUAAAGCUCUUCAAUUUAAAUCAAAUGUUUUCUAUUUCCGUCAUUUUUAGGUACAUUUUUUUUUCUGAUGUUCUCAAGGUGAAGGUCGGUGGCCUCACAAGGUCAGUUCUUAAUCUUCUAUGUGCUAAUUUAAAUGACAAUAUUUGAUGGCAGUUGUUGUUCGCAAUUAAAUAGCAGUUUGCACUUGUGACGCCAAUUAAUUUUCGUUAAAUACAUUUAUUUGUAUAACUGAUAACAUCAAGAUUAGUUUGACCGGUCACAUUGCGUUGUAAUAAUUUUUAAAUGAUAAAAUUUACAAUGUUUUAUGGGAUUCCAAAAUUAUUUAAUAUAAACUUUAUUUUUGAUUUGUUAAAUUAAAAUAUUAUAAUAACUACAUACUUACAACUUAUGGUAUGUUAUUUAUAUUCACUAAUUUUGUGAUUUGUUGUUUUGAGAAAUAACUAUAUUGUUUUUUUUUAAACAGCGUCAUCUAAUUCUUGAUUGUAAUGCAGUGUUAACUUUUACUGUUUCACAAAACAUUUACUAGAUGGCGCUGUUCCUAAAUGUGGUUAUUUCUUAAUAUAGUUUAUAAAAGCGUUACUAGAUGGCACAUUUACUGAUUUAAUAAUCUUGUUAACUCUAAACUCUACGGUUUCGUGGAAUAUUUUAUAAUAUAUAAAAAAAAAUAUUAUGAGAAUUGACUAAAACAGUAACGGUGACUUAGCUAAACCUAACUGUAAUAAUCUAUUCAUAUAAUAAUAUUAUAUUUUGUUGCAAGAAAAUAUAUUUCUUUUCGAUAUUAUAUUAUUAUUAAUCGUGACAAAGACUUUCUAUCUAGUAAUCUUAAUUGUAUAUUUUAUAGUGAGACAAUUAUACUAGCGUAAAUCAAUUAGCUAUGUUUAUAUUCAAAUAUAUUUCACCUAGACGACUUAUAUUUUUCAUAUAAAAUGUUUAUUUUUGCUAUUGCGUGACGUUGCGGAUGUUUUAUUAAUACUUACCGUCAAUCAUAUUAGGUCCGAUGAAUUUAUCAGGUUUUUAAUUAAACUCUUUGCAUUUUGUUUCGAUAAUAUUAAUAAAUUAUUAAUAAAAAUGCAAAAGGUUGUAAAAUUUACUUAUUUAAUCUAAAUCAAAAAUGUUUUUGAUUAAAGCUUAAAUUAAAUUUAUUACACAUUUACGAUGUUUAUUUUGUUCUUCAAUAGAUGGCGUCAGUGGUAAAACUUUCUUAAUACUGUAUUAAGAGAUAGUUUUUAUUUUAUCGAUGCCUAUCAUUAUUUUUUUUAAUUAUUUUAAAUUUUCAUCUAAUAAUAAAAUGUUCUAUUAAAAAUAAUAAUAAAAUAUGUCCGCAUGUCACAUUAUUUUUAAAGGUUGGAUACUUAUGUACGUUGAUUUUUACAAGAGAAUUUUUUGUUUUCAUAUUUAAUCACUGAAAUUAUUUUCACUUUAUAUGGGUGUUGGUAUUUUUUGGGACCAAUAAAGAAAAUUGAUCAGAUUUCUUACCUUUUUCUUGUUUAAUAUCCCAGUAAGUAUAAUUCCUUUAAAUGGAAUUCAAUGAAAUAAAACAAAUAAUCGACUCGGCCAUAGAACAGUCUGCUCAUGUCUAAAAUAGUACUUAGAACAAUUCAAAAAUAUAUUAUUUUAUAUUCAAUUAUUUUAUUAUAAUUUAAAUUAAGAAUAAUUAAUUAAAUUUAUUAUUUAUUACUAAUUUGAUUCAGAGAGUUUUAUGAGACGACUUAGGGAGAGCGAGGGAUGGGCAGCAACGCCCCUCUUAAAAUAUCUUCAAAGCCUAAAUGCAGUUGCCAAUCCGCUUGCCAAGCGUGGCAACUACUGGCAGAACUCCCCUUAUGAGGGAGGCAGUGUUUAGCAGUAGACAGU